ACGUCGGCGCCACCAGUCACUGAGCCCCACCACCGCCCAUGGACGCCCCACGAGCGGCACGCCUCGCGGUCGCGGCGCGCCCACCCAGCCCGCGUGCCCCGGCCCGCUUCCCGUUCGCCUCCUCCACCGCACCGCGGCGCGCGGGGUGGUGGUGGUGCCUUCGCGAUCCCCGUGCCGAUUCCAGCGGAGGUGGGAGCACCUUUCCCUCCCCUGGCCGCUGCACGCGCCUCGCGCUCGCGCACCGGAACCGGAAGAGCCCCGCCGCGAAUCUAGGGUUGCCUCCGCCCCGUCCCCCGAGAUCCCCAGCCGCCGGGAUUGGGAGGGUAACAGGCGACGGAGGCUGCGAGGGACGCCCCCUCGUCGAAUGCGCCGGUGACCGGCAGACUCAGGAGCCCGCAGGAGUAGUUGAGGAGAAAGCUUCAGAAAUGUCAUCCACUGUGCCAAAGUCAUCAAAUAUCUUCUGGCAUGAUUGCGCCGUUGGCAAGGCUGAUCGUCAGAAGCUACUCAAGCAGAAAGGUUGUGUUGUCUGGAUUACAGGCCUUAGUGGUUCAGGUAAAAGUACCUUGGCAUGUACAUUAGGCCGAGAGCUCCAUACAAGAGGGAAGCUUGCAUAUGUUCUCGAUGGUGAUAACUUAAGACAUGGACUAAACAAGGAUCUUGGCUUUAAAGCUGAAGAUCGUGUUGAAAAUAUAAGAAGAGUUGGUGAGGUAGCAAAGUUAUUUGCAGAUGCGGGCCUCGUAUGUAUUGCAAGUUUGAUAUCUCCAUAUAGGAGAGAUCGUGAAGCUUGCCGUGCAUUAUUGUCUGAUGGUAGCUUUGUUGAAGUUUUCUUGAAUAUGUCCUUGGAAUUGUGUGAAGCAAGGGAUCCGAAGGGUCUUUAUAAGCUUGCUCGUGCAGGAAAAAUAAAGGGAUUUACUGGAAUCGAUGACCCCUAUGAAGCACCACUAAAUUGUGAGAUUGAGAUCAAGGAAGUGGACGGUGUAUGCCCCACACCUUCUGACAUGGCGGGACAGGUGGUUACUUACCUUGAGGAGAAAGGCUUCCUGCACGAGUAGACUGAUUCCGUGAAACAAUCAAUCUUCGGGUAGGAUUUAUAUAAGACUAGCGCGGAAUAAAUCAAAAGCGCUGGCAGGGGUGUCCCCGUAAUUAUGUAGAUCGAUCCCGGUGCCUCGUAUUUUCUUUCGUUAUUUCCUCUGGCACGAGUUCUGUGCAGUGGCAUUCAGAUGAGCCUAGAUGGUUCCUAGUUUAUUUUGACUUGUGGAGUAGAUUACGUGUAAUGCAAUCCUGAUAGCCAUCUGGGGUGGUAUGGAUGUGGCAAUCAUUGUCAGGGUUGGUGCAACCAAUGCAAGAGAAGUCAUCUUUCAACCC